AUUGAGAUCAAGAUGGCACAGGGGGCGAAGCCGGGAGAGGGGGGGCAGCUCCCGGGGCCCAAGAUCUCCGAGUACAUCGCAUCCCUGAGGGCCUCGAAACCCGGGGUUACUCUCAUCUCGCCCCCGCCUCACCACGACAUCUACUCCAUCGAGGACCUGUCCCAGCUCAUCUUUGACCUUCACCAGAUCAACCCUCAUGCCGGGGUUAGCGUAAAGCUGGUGUCCGAGGUGGGGAUCGGGACGGUGGCUGCGGGAGUCGCCAAGGCCAACGCCGACGUGAUCCAGGUGUCCGGGCACGACGGCGGCACGGGGGCGUCUCCUCUGUCCUCGAUCAAGCACGCUGGUUCGCCGUGGGAGCUGGGUCUCGCCGAGGUUCACCGCACUCUGCUGGACAACAAGCUGCGGGAUAGGGUCCUGCUCCGCACGGACGGCGGCAUCAAGACCGGCUGGGACGUGGUCAUCGCCGCUCUCAUGGGGGCGGAGGAAUUCGGGUUCGGAACGAUCGCCAUGAUCGCGGAGGGCUGCAUCAUGGCGCGCAUCUGCCACACGAAUAACUGCCCCGUCGGCGUCACCACCCAGAAGGAGAACCUCCGCAAGAAAUUCCCCGGGACCCCCCAGAACGUGGUCACCUUCUUUGAGUUUGUUGCGGAGGAGGUGAGGCUCUUGUUGGCAGAGCUUGGCUUCAAGUCUCUGGACGAGGCGAUAGGGAGGGCGGACGUGUUGUCGGCCAGAACCGACGCGCCCCUCGCCAAGACGAACGCCGCCCUCAACCUGGACUUCAUCACCAAGCUUCCCGACGUUUCGCAGGACAGGUCCUGGUUGCAGCACGGCAAGCCGCACGACAACGGUCCGGUACUCGAUGACGAGAUCCUCGCCGACGCCGAUGUGAAGGCCUGCAUCGAGGAGGCGUCCAAGCUGACGAAGGAGUACUCGAUCGCCAACACAGACCGCUCCCUGGGGGGACGGCUGUCGGGCAGCAUCGCGUCGCAGUGGGGCAACAAGGGCUUCGAGGCGGCCGGGGGCGACCUGGAGCUGAGGUUCAAGGGCUCCGCUGGGCAGACGUUCGGCGCCUUUAACCUCCCCGGGGUUUCCCUCCACUUGGAAGGGGAGGCCAAUGACUACGUCGGCAAGGGGCUGAACGGGGGGCAGAUCGUUAUUGUGCCUCACAGCGCGUCGAAAAUGGAUGCUUCCGAGAACGUGAUCAUCGGGAACACUUGCCUGUACGGGGCCACGGGCGGCUCGCUGUACGUGAACGGUCGCGCUGGGGAACGGUUCGCGGUGCGGAACUCCAUGGCCGACUCCGUCGUGGAGGGUACCGGUGACCACUGCUGCGAAUACAUGACCGGGGGCAACGUGGUGGUGCUCGGCACGGUGGGGAGAAACGUCGGCGCGGGUAUGACCGGAGGCGUCGCCUACAUCCUGGACGAGUUCCCCGAGGGCGAGUUCAUGGAGCACGUAAACCUCGAGAUCGUCAAGGCCCAGAGGGUCGUUACGCCCGAGGGAGAGGCUAUCGUGAAGGGGAUGAUCGAGAAGCACGUAGAGCUGACCGGGAGCCCGAAGGCCAAGAGCGUGCUGGCCAACUGGGAAGAGAACCUGCCGAGAUUCUGGCAGCUUGUGCCUCCAGCCGAGGCCAACAUCGCCGCCACGAACCCGCGCGUUUCGGAAGCGGCGGCGGUAGCGGCGGCGGCAACAGAAGCAGCGGUACCCGUAGCCUAGGCGAGGAGACCGGAUCGCUGUACAGAUUUUUUUAAGUAAGCGUCGUAAAGGAGUGUGGCAAGAUAAUGAAGGCUACGGUAGGUCACGUGAAACCGUGGCCCAGGGAAACAAUCAAAAUCAUUUAGGAAACGUCAAGUUUGGAAUUACGUUCACUUGAGAUUAGGACGUGUUGUUUUAUGUCGGGAGGCGGGUUUUGUCUCCCGGAGAGCUGUCGCUGCCGGAGGGAGGUUCGGUUGAGAGUAUGUGACAAAGUUGAUGACCGGGGGGGUAGAACAUAUUUGGCAGUGCCUGGAGAGGGCUGUACACUCUAUGGUAGAUGAGGCACACCCACACACCAACGAUCGGACUUGGAAUCGUCACGAGGGUAUUUUGUAUGUGGACAGGUGUCUGUCGCACGGAACCGCUGCCACGGUAGCGUCUGGAUAGUCACAGCAGAGGAUGUCGAGAGAGAUGAGCGCGGGCGACAGACCGUGUGUGCCGGUCGUAGAAGUUAAUAUUGUACAAGGGAGGGCUAAUCCUCCUGUCUGGAGGAGAAGGGUUUCUGCGUAGCAACUUUAACAUGUCUCGUGCGCGGUGCCUGUUGGAAAGCUGAGCUGGAAGACGACGGAUAAUUCGGCCUUUACAUGUCUCGAUGCUGCUGGUUCUGGCUCGGAGUGGAUGAGUAAUUCGGAGGUUGUUUCUAGUCGGUGGUAUCUUGCCGAGGUGUAUCGCGUUGCUCUGAGAAGUUGGUCCCCAACCCUGCAUUCUUCCAGCAUCACGUAGUAGUAUAUGCAUCAUGACCCCCUGUUCGAUAUCGAAGUCUCCUACCCUAGAUGUCGAUCCUGCUUUUAACUGGAAGUGUUGGUUGUUGUUGCCCUUGCAACGGUUGCGGGGUUUCAGUCCGAGGAGGCGUGUGCCAGCUAGAUUUUGACAUGGGAACAGGAAGUGAUCUUUUGGACGUGUGUCGAGGAUCUUGUUGGGUGUCGGCGCGGCGUAUGUGGUUGAGGAGCUUACGUGUAGAAGUUAAAGACCGAUGUCUGUCCCCUUGUGUAAACAAGAAUGCGACGAUGGUGGGUGUGAUGAUGUAGAGGGGACGAGGUAGAAUUACGGGUUGGGAAGAGACACGUUGGAGCAUUUGGGAAAUGUCGAAGAUUAUCCGUUGCUUUACGCCUCACUCGGUCGUCGUGAAGUCUUUGUGAGCACGGAAGCUGUCGCACAACGACGGUUUACCUAGUUCAGGCGCUUACCGUGUAUUUUUUGUGGGGUAUGGGCGACGUCGGCUCGAAUCCUGCCUGUGGAUUUGUGGCGAGAACCAACCUUGCCCCGCCUCUUUCGUCCGCGUGCCAAACCACACAGCAGUUGUCUUUCUACAUCGACUGAAAAUGUGAGACAAGAAUAUGUUCGUGAUCUUUCCUUGGCGAUUCCCCACAUGUGAUACGGUAAAAGAGCUGGCUAUGGCUUGAGGUUAAAAGUUGACAAAUGACGAUGGAAAGUAAUUCCGCUGGGGUCGAUCGAGAGACACGCUUCCGCUUUCUCGUCAUCCCAGCGAGCACGCAAACGAAAUCAAUGAGAAUCAACGCCGGUACGUUAUC